ACCAAUCGUUGCGGCAGGAAUGAGGGGGAGAGACGGUUUGACAAGACGCUUCAGGGAAAGUAGAGAUGAUACACGGAGAUCGACGAAUGCUUUCGGAAUCGGGAAAUUAGUUUGGUGUUUUGUUUUUUAUACGUGUGUAUAAAACAUUUACUAUUAGAAGAACGUCUUCUUGGCACUCUUGAGUACCACAGAUGGCGUCCAGAGCGGCGUUCCCUGCAACACCGGGCGCCCCGGUGAUGAACUCCGGUAUGAACUCUCCUGGCCACCCGCGGAUGGCAGCCAUGAAUCCGGCCUACCGAGCAAUGCCGAACCCAGUUAACCAGUAUCCGCGUCCUGGUGUCCCUCCUGGCCGUACCAUGCCAAUGGGCGGCAUGGGUUCUCCGAUGCCCGGGCCAUCAUACAGCAGCUCCAUGACCGUUCGACCCGGCAUGCCCCAGACCGCGAUGGACCCGGCACGCAAGAGACUCCUUCAGCAGCAAGCAGGGGCGGUAAUGGGACCUCGGAGAGGGCUGAAACGACGCAAAAUGGCUGACAAAGUUCUACCCCAGAGAAUCCGGGACCUGGUUCCUGAGUCUCAGGCUUACAUGGACCUUCUGGCUUUUGAGAGGAAGCUGGACCAGACCAUUGCUCGCAAGCGUAUGGAGAUUCAGGAGGCCAUCAAGAAGCCUAUCACGGUAACACCAAAAAGCUGUCAAAAGCGCAAGCUGAGGAUCUACAUCUCAAACACCUGCACACCUGCCAAACCUGAGGGGGAAGAGUCUGAGAAAGUGGCAUCAUGGGAGCUUAGAGUGGAGGGCAAACUCCUGGAGGAUCCUGGGAAACAGAAAAGAAAGUUUUCUUCCUUUUUUAAAAGUCUUGUCAUUGAGCUGGAUAAGGAGCUGUAUGGUCCAGACAACCACUUGGUGGAGUGGCAUAGGAUGCCGACCACUCAGGAGACGGACGGCUUUCAGGUUAAGCGGCCCGGAGACGUGAGCGUGAAAUGCACACUGCUGCUCAUGCUGGACCACCAGCCACCACAGUACAAGCUGGACCCGCGGUUAGCGCGGCUCCUGGGCGUUCACACUCAGACCCGAGCCAGCAUCAUGCAGGCGCUCUGGCUCUACAUCAAGAACAACAAGCUGCAGGACUGUCAUGAGAAAGAAUUUAUAAACUGCAACCGCUACUUCAGACAGAUCUUCGCCUGCCACCGAAUGAGGUUCUCAGAGAUCCCCAUGAAGCUGGCGGGACUCCUACAGCACCCAGACCCCAUUGUCAUUAACCACAUCAUCAGCGUGGACCCAAACGACCAGAAGAAGACUGCAUGCUUCGACAUUGAUGUAGAGGUGGACGAUCCGCUGAAGAGCCAGAUGAGCAGCUUUCUCUCUUCCACCACCAACCAGCAGGAAAUUGCAGCCCUGGAGAUGAAGAUCCAUGAGACCAUUGAGUCAAUAAACCAGCUGAAAACGCAGCGAGACUUUAUGCUGAGCUUCAGCAACAACCCUCAGGACUUUAUCCAGGACUGGCUCAAGUCUCAGAGCCGAGACCUUAAGCUGAUGACAGACACUGCUGGGAACACAGAGGAGGAGAGGAGGACCGAGUUCUACCAGGCUCCCUGGAUCCAGGAGGCUGUGGGCCGCUACGUAUUCUCCAAGAAAUCAGUCAGCUUGUCUUGGUGGUUCUCAGGUGCAGCAGAGGAGACAGGAGCUGGAGCAGGUACUCGGGAUCCGCCUCACCUAAACCCCAGAGGAAUAACAGCGUCUUAAGAAGGCAUGCUGAAGAAAUGCUGCAAGUCUUCAUAUUAUGCAAACUUAAUUUUUUUUUUUUUUUGUCUUCUUAAAAUGUAACGAUUUCCUCAGGUCACGGAUUCGUUGCCAUUGCAAUUGUUUCAUGUUCGAAAGCAUUUUUCUAAUUGCCUUGUCUUUUGGUAUUGCAAUUUUAGCAAAUUAUGAAGUUUGGACCUCGAGUGUGAAUUUGUUUCUAACAAGUUUCCAAGCCAUAUCUGCCUUAUUUCUUCCUUUUGCCAACAAGAUAAAAUGGAAGGCAGCAUUUUAUACAGGUAUGUGUGUGUGUGUGUAUGUACGUGCCGUUCUGCCAGUUGUAAUGGUAACGGAACACAGCCGUGUUUAUAAACAGCAGGUAGGAGUGUAAGCCAUUUUUAACUGAUGUCAGAUCGCCUUAGUGGUAAAGAAGGAAUCCGAUUCCUGUUCUCUGGUGAUGCUUUAAAACCUCCAAGAUCAGAUGUGUCCAGUCUAAUCCUGAUCAUUCUACUCGAGAGACAGAUUCGUGUGUCCGAGCCGACUCACAUGCACCAGACUGACUGACUGGAUGCAGAGAAUGGGAUGGAGGAGACAUGAAGCCAAUUAAAACUUCUCAGUUUUUCUUCUGCACAAUAUUUAAUUUUACUGUGGUACUAAACCAGAGUCAGGGUAUCUGAGUUCUGUUUGCUUUGUAAAGUUCCUUUAACAGUGAAUACAGUUACCACAUUUUGGUUUUACUCAUCCCGAAAAAGCGUGCAUCUUGUGAUUAAUCUGGCAAAUGCCUAAGGAAAUGCAGUGCCUCACCCCAACAUGGACUUUUCCACAUAACGUCAUGGAAAUAAAACAAACUUAAGUAGGAUUGUCCUAUAUCUUCACCAGAAAUUGCACUGAAUAUGGAAAUAGUUUGUGUAAUAUUGUACAAUAUAAAUUGUUGCCAUUUAUAUUUAAAUCCAUCUUUUUGCUCUGAGAAGCUCAAUGACCCUUGCUCAGAAAAAAGCCUCCCUAAAACAUGAUUCUACCACCACCUGGUGUGUUCCCACAAAAAGUCGUGGGGUGUGUGAUUUAUAUAAUAAAUACAACCGGACCUUUUAUCCUUUUCCAGGAUUACAUUGUACUGGAGCUCGUCUUUUCAUUGGUAAAUAACUUGGCAGACAUUAUUAGGAUUCUGUGUCAAGAGUUUACAAAAACUAGCACAAAGUCCAUAUCCGUUAUACACAAUGUGAAAAGGGGAUUGGAGGUGAAUACUUACACACAGCACUGUAUAUCUUACAAUCUAACACUUCCUUUAAAAUGCAGGCGUAAGCUGUCUGUUUAAGCCGUAUCCUUAUCCAUACAAACCAAAGCGUGGAAACAAUUCACUAAACUGUAUUAAGUCUUUCUGUUAAAUACGCUUCUCCUGAGCAGGUUUUAUCCUACCAGCUUGUUGCCGUGGUAACAAGCCAGAUGACAGCCAUAUUAAAGCCAUACUGUGCGCUUUGUUUCAAGUGAAUUUGCUCUGGUUUUUGCUUCUUACAUUCCGUAUAUAAGAGUGUAUAAAUUUCGACGGAGGAGAGAGAAUUGAGCGAACGUGGAUAUUUUAACGGGACAAUUUGGGCUGAGCUCAAAUUUCUACACUUAUUUUAAACACAAGUCGAUCAGCUGAGACGUUUCCUCAAAUGCAACAAAUUGUUCUAAUCUUUUUGUUGUUGCUAUCAUGAUGUUGAACCUCACAAGCUGUUUUGUUUAUGUAGGUCAUAUUUAUCAAGGACGCUAACUACAUAUUUAGCACAUUUAUUUUCUAUUCAGCUAGCCCAAAUAAAAUCAUCCAUUCACAAAGAUAACACAACCGCCCAUAAUUAGCUUAUUAAAUGACGUUCAGUAUUUUUAAAAAGAAUGAUUUUAAAAUUAAGAAUUAAUGGUGUUAUUUCAGCAGAGUGGAGUCAGAGGUCCAAAAUGAUCAUUGUGUUACUUGAAUAUUACGUUACUUAAUGCGAAUCACAAAGUAUAAUUUUGAUAAGUAUUUCUCUAAAUGCAGGGGACAUUUACUUAGGGGACUUGGUGUUCAUUUAGCAAGUGAGAGAUGAGAUACAGAUGCAUAGAAUGUGCAGAGAAUAACAGUACAUAGAAAAGCAAAUUGUGAUGCAGAAAGUGGAGCUUUUGACUGAGAAAACCACCAACCAUGUUUACAGGGAAUAAAACCUUCCUGCUAUAUUUCUAAUGAAUUUGCUUUAGGCAUUUAAAUGACAAAUAAGCAAUAAAAAUGUAUUGUGAACUUUAUGUACGUUUGAAGUUGGUCUCCAGUAGUGAUGUCUGACUGCUUGUUGCCGUGGCUUUAGAAGCUUUUUCAUUAAAAUGAAAGUUCUUUAGUUACACAUUUUGGCUGAUCACUAAUAGAGUUGUGUGGAAAAAGGUGUAGAAAUUUGAAUUUUGCCCCAAAAGAUUCCUUAAAGUAUAAAGCAGCCAUUAUUCUUUCUUUUACUGGUCUGUGACUAUUACAGUUAG